UGGACAUGGCUCGAUGCGUCAUCUGCAGCGCAAUCAGCUGACCAUGAGUGGUCAUGGUCAUGGACAUGGUCAUGGACACGGACACGGACACGGACAUGGACAUGGACAUGGCGCCUCCUUGGGGCAUCCAAAUGCUGGACAUGGCAUGGGCAUGGGCAUGGCACAUGGUGCCGCCACAUUGGGACAUCAUCAUGGCCAUCGCGGUGAUCUGAUCUUUCCGGAUGAUAUGGACAGCAUUGAGUUCUGCAUGCCAGCGCCGCCAUCGUCCUCCUCCUCAUCGUCACAGCAAAAUGGGGAGCUCCUGUUGCUGCAAGGCGGCCAUGGAGAAGCCUUCACGGAGAGACGGCGACGCGGACACAGUCGACGCAGCAAUCAUAAAAUGGAUGUGGAGCAACAGGUCAAAUGGUCACGCAAAAACAUUGCAGCCACCAUGGAGCGCUUUGAGCCCACCACCAACACACAGUCCUCGUCGUCCACAUCCUCACUGGACUAUGGAUUCGCAGCGGGCGUGAUGACGCCCAGCAGCAGCAGUGUCACGCCCUCGCAUGGAGCCGGCUCUGGUUCUGCGGGAAUGUCCUCCACACCCUCGCUGCAUGUCGCCUACAAUGGGGGAGGCGGUGGUGUUGGUGGUGCAGCUGGUGGAGGUGCAAGUGGAGGAGGAGCAGGAGGUGGAGUAGGAGCUGCUGCUGCUGCUGCUGCAGCUGGCGCACCAUUUAAUCAUGUCUACUCCUAUGCCUACUAUGAACCAGGUGCGGCCAAAUGCCAUACGAAUGUGCCUGCCCAGGGACAGGGCAAUGGUCAUCAUCAUGGUCACUCCAAGAGUCCGCCGCGCAAUUCUAUACGUGCUCUCUUGGCCAAAAGCUUUCGCUCCAAGUCAUCGUCGCACAGCGGACAAUCGACGUCGUCAUCGCCCAGCGCCGAGGAGCGGGACAGGCACACAUAUACGACAAGGUAUGGCACCACCGAGAAUCUCUACGAGGAGGUGAGCGAUCAGAAGAUCCGUAAGGUGCUAUCCGAUAACCGAAUCGCCACAUCGGGUGCGGGAAAUGUGAAGGAGGAACUGCGUCGAGUCCAACACAAUCAUUUCCGUGUGCUCGACGAGCUCAAUCUAUCGCUGGAGGCUCUCAUCAUGCCGCCCACGCCACCAGACAUCAGUCCCAGUCACGGAGGACCAACCAGUGGCAGCUCGAAUGAUGUGCAACAUGAGGCACCUACCGCUAGCAACAGCAGUGGAAGCGGAAGUGGAAGCGGAAGUGGAAGUGGCAGUGGCAGCGCCAGCGGCAGUGGAAGUGGCAUUGGAAUGGGCAUGGGAAUGAGCAUGGGAAUGGGAAUGGGAAUGGGAGCCAUGGGCACCACAUCGUCAUCUUCAUCGACGCAGGCGAAGAAUCAAGUACUGGCCACGGGUCAAAGGCCACGUCGCGGCGGAUUACUUGGUGGUGCAGCGGCCAGUGCCGCCUCCAACACGAGCUCGGCCUCGCAUGCCAGCUUAGAGAAUUUGUCGAGCACGCUGAACAGCAUGGAGCUGAAGGAUCAUGCGCACAGCAGCUGCAUCAAUCCGGAGUUCGAUGAGGGGGAUCUCGAUAGUGGAUUCAGUGGCAGCGGCAGCAGCAGCGGCGCCAGCUACAAUGAGAGUUUGCGCUAUUAUAAAACAGCCACGCCCACUAGCCACAGCCAUAGCCAUAGCCAUAGUCAUAGUCACAGUCAUAGCCACAGUCUCAGCCAGUCGAGCCAUAAUCCCAAUCUGAUGGGUCACAACAACAACAACAGUCACAGCAGCAGCAGCAGCAACAACAACCACAACAACAAUCACAUACACACAAGCACACACACAUUGCCGCACAAUCUGCGCAGCUGUCGAUCAUCUACAGCAUCGGGCACAUCCACAUCCAAGAGCAGUAUGGCCAGCUGUGGCGAGGAUCAGGGCAUUGCUGGCAUGGGAAUGGCCAUGAACAUGGGUAUGGCCAUGAAUAUGGGCAUGAAUGUGGGUGUGGGAACGGGAAUGGGAAUGAUUCCUGGCAUGGGCAUCGCUGAGUCGUCAGGUGGCAACUCCGUCUCGCCCUUCAACUAUCCACGUCGCUGCUCAGCGGAUCAACAGCGCGCCUCGGGACGCUCCAUGACAUCCGCCUCGGGAUCCGCAGCGGGUGCAGCCGUUACAAUGGCCACCGGCGCGAAACCCAAAAAGAAUUUCUGGACCAUGAAACCGUGAUGCUACAAAAGGGCCCUGCGACACAUAUGCAAGAAAUGGAGCAUUGUUAUGGAAUACAAUACAAAGACUGCCUCAUGCCAUGCCAUCCACUACUAUCAACCACAUCCGCAUCCGCAUUCGCAUUCACAUUCACAUUCGCAUUCGAAUCAGCGUUAUCAGCAACCACAGAAGAGCCACAACAGCAUCAGCAACAGCAA